UUAGAUUUUGUAUGCAGGAGAAUUUGCAAGGGUCAAAUGGGCAAAAAAUGAGAGAGAGCCAAAAAACUAGUAUUUUUUUUAUUAGCCACAACUGGUGCAAAAUACUGCAACUUGGCUUCUACCCUAAAUAAUACAUCAUUCUUGUUUUAGCGUUCCUUUCCAGCUUUUUGCAUGUUUAAAACCUUCUUCGAAUGUAGUGACAAUCCUUGUUUGACCUGAUUCCAUGUUUGAUCUACGUUGUUUGUUCUUUGUCAUCUUGGUUGCACUAAGGAUCCAAAGGCCCAGAACAGAAGACCAUAGUUUUCACUACAUUGAAGAUGACAUUGCAGAUUUGGCAAGCCUCACUUUUAAAUUUAUUUAAAUUUGACUGAUUUUUAUUUUCUUUAAUUUAUCAAUUUGUGUCACUUUCACAGUGAUUUAAGUUCUUUGCUCACAUUCAAAUGCAGCAAAAUAAGAGAACAGACCAAAACUCAGCACAAAAUAAACACUAUGAGAUAACUUAAAUGCUCUCCCUGAGUUUAUCCAUUUUAAAUUUGACCAAUUUUGCGCCAAAUACAAAAAGCAGGAGCAGUAAACCUCAAAUUAACAUAGAGAAGUAGGCUAAUUAGCAGAGCUAAGAGGCGCGAGCUGAGCUCUCCCGAGCAGCUGUUGCGCGCGCGCAUACACACGCGACAGUACGCGCAUGCGCAAAGCCCCCGCGGUGUCCUGGAGCUCCGGGAGAUUGUAGGAAGAUGAUGCUGCUGAGCGCCCGGCGCGGACCUCGUGCGUAGCUGGCCAUUCGUAGCCAUAGAUUUCGACCUGCCUUCUCAAACCUGUUUUUAUUUAUUUUUAUUUAUGCCAAAUUUGUUUUCCAAUGUCGAACUGUAACCGGAGCGGCGAGGACACCGAGUAACACCACAGAGAGGAGGGUGCAGCAGCAGUAACUGGACGGAGUUGGGCAUCAAAUUACACCGGAUGCUAUUAAAGGGUUUUAACUAUCAACUACUAUAACAAGCCAGAGGUAGAGCCAUGGAGGUUGUAACACAUUUUAUGAAUGACACUGUAGAGUUUUACAAAUGGAGCCUUACUAUAGCAGACAAGAGGGUGGAGAAGUGGCCAAUGAUGUCAUCUCCCUCUCCAACCCUGGCCAUCAGCUGCCUGUAUUUGCUCUUCCUGUGGGCGGGGCCUAAGUACAUGCAGGACCGCCAACCCUACACGCUCAGGAAGACCCUCAUAGUCUACAACUUCAGCAUGGUGGUCCUCAACUUUUACAUCGCCAAAGAGCUUCUGCUAGCAUCGAGUUCUGCUGGGUACAGCUACCUCUGUCAGCCUGUCAACUACUCCAAUGAUGUUAAUGAAGUCAGGAUAGCCUCAGCUCUAUGGUGGUACUAUAUCUCCAAAGGAGUGGAAUUCCUGGAUACUGUGUUUUUCAUUCUGAGGAAGAAGUUCAAUCAGGUCAGCUUCCUUCACGUCUACCAUCACUGCACCAUGUUCAUCCUUUGGUGGAUCGGUAUUAAAUGGGUUCCUGGAGGACAAUCGUUUUUUGGUGCCACUAUCAACUCCUCCAUCCACGUUCUCAUGUAUGGUUACUAUGGUCUGGCAGCCCUGGGACCACAUAUACAGAAGUACCUCUGGUGGAAGAAAUAUCUUACUAUUAUACAGAUGAUCCAGUUCCACGUGACCAUCGGCCACGCUGGCUACUCCCUCUACACCGGCUGUCCGUUCCCUUGCUGGAUGCAGUGGGCUCUGAUCGGCUACGCUGUCACCUUCAUCAUCCUCUUCGCCAACUUCUACUACCACGCAUACAGGCGCAAACCUGCAGUGCAGAAGGGCGGCAAACCCGUCUCCAAUGGCACCUCUCUGACUAACGGCCACAGCAACGCCGAGGAAGUGGAGGAGAACGGGAAGAGGCAGAAGAAAGGGAGAGCGAAAAGGGAGUGACGGAGCGAAGGAGUUGUUUGGAGAAAGAGGACAGGAAGAGGGAACGGAGGGGGGAGAGAAAUCAAAUCAAAAGCAUCCCUGCUGAUAAUGUAGAUGUCUGGGACCAACAGGAGGAGAUGAAUGACUAGUGUGUGUUUGUGGGCUUGUCUGUUAAAAAAAAAAACAAAA